UUUUGAACGGCUUUACGGAGAUCAUUUAUUUAAUGUGUCUGGUGUUAUGGUAUUAUUGUUAAAAAAGUAAUAAAAAAACAAAAAUUCGAUUUCGAAUGCUUUCGUGUGCGAUUAAAUCUCUUUGGCUGUGAUUCACGAUACGACUAUGUAUAGAGAAUUGUAGAUUAUAACAAUAAAGCAAAAAAAAAAAAAAAGAAAAACCAGAGCAUUAAAACGAGUUAUGUUAAAUCAAAAAUCGUAUAAAUAUUGUUAAAUAAUUUAAUUUAAAUAAAAUUGUGUCGCGAAAUUUUUCAUUUAUAAGAUUUACACAAAAUUACUGUUAUUCGUGUUUGUCUCGGUUUUUUAUUUUCACCACAAUUACAAAACUGUCCGUUAUGAGUGAAUUAAAAGCGUCUGGUAAAAUGUCCCAGUUGAUGUUUUGGAAUAAACAGAACAAUAGCAACAAUAGUAGCAGCAACACCAGCAAUAAAGAUAACGAUGGUAAGGAGAGCAAGAAUGCUGCCACCAAAGAUGAAACUAAAAAGAAUAAACGUAACUGGUUGCAUACGCCGGAAGCCUUAAUUAGUGGUCACGUAGUCUACCUAGUCAAAUUUUUCGGCAAUUUACCUGUUGAACAACCCAAAGGAAUUGAGAUCGUUAAGGACACAAUACGCAAACUGCAAUUUGCCCAACAGAUGAAAAAAGCCGAAACGGGUACACAGGAGAAAUUCAAAAAAGUCGAAAUAACUAUUAGCGUAGAUGGUGUGGCGGUGCAAGAGCCUCAUACACAAAAAAUUCUACAUCAAUUUCCUUUGCACAACAUCUCGUACUGCGCCGAUGAGAAAGGUGUUAAAAAAUUCUUUAGUUUCAUAGCGAAAAGCAUUAAAACAGUUGACGGUUCGUCCUCUAAUGGUUGUGGUAGUUCAGUGAGCGAUUCGUCGCCAUCAGUAGCGCAACAGCAAGGCGAAGAAACUCAUGAAUGUUUUGUGUUUAUAUCGAAUAAAUUAGCCUCAGACAUAACAUUAACAAUUGGUCAAGCCUUUGAAUUGGCCUUUAGGAAAUAUAUAAACUGUACGGAAAAAACUGAGCUAAGUAAGGCACAACAGCAAAUAAGCGAUUUGGAGAAGAUCAUAACUAUUUUUAAGGAUCGAUUAAAUGACUUAUCAAAGAAAGUAUCGAAAAAUGAUUUGGAUGCGUUGCUUUUUAAAUGGGCCAUUAAAGAUAUCCUGGAAGUACCACCAAUUUCGACAUCGAACGAUGUUAUUGACGACAACACUGCCUCAAUGGUGGCAAAUGGCGGAGGCAAAUUAAUUAACGAUAGUAAAAUGCUAAUUGAUAGCAAUUCAAGUCAUUUGUCAUCCACGUGCAGCACGAUACCGUCAAAAACUUCAUCAACAUUUUUGCCAAUCGUGCCGCCUCGCGCAAAUCUGCCCUCCCAAAUUACAACGAAAUCAAACAGCCAAAAAAUGGAAGAGCUACUACUCAACUCCGAUUCCGAUAGUGAUUUUGAUCCACGUGCUGAAGAAUCAAAUACCGACGGCCAUAGCACGACCAGUAGUGGUGGUGGUGGCAGUAAAAAUAUGAGUAACGAUUUGUUUGGCUUCGAGCCAUCGAAAUCAUUCGGACAGCAAUUAUUCUACAAUAAUAACAAUAAACAGCAAAACAAUAGCAAUGUGAACGUAAUAGCCACCAAAAACAGCAGUGUUAGCCAGAGUUUUAGUGAAUUAAAUAUGACACCACCACUGUUGGCUCCGCCGCCUAAAGCAUCAGCGCCACGUCGUAGUACCUCAACAACAACAAACAAUAAUGCUGUCCACAAUAAUAACACAUUAAUUAAUGGCACUGAUUUAUUUGGCUCGGAUCCGUUUGAUAUUAAUACUUCCAGUAUCUUCCCAAAACAAAUUAGCAAAAUUUCCGUUGACGAUUUCACCUUAGAAAGUUUGGAUCCUUUAAGAAAAUAAAAUGUAUUGAAAUUAUAAACCGCGAUCUGC